GCUGUCGGCGUCGGUCUCGGGCUCCGGUCCUUGGCCUCCAUCCCUUCAUUGCCUUCCGAGGUGGCGGAGUUUGUGAAGGGGGCGGUGGACGAGUGCAAACCCAGCGGCGUGCACGUCGUAACGGGCACGCCGGAGGAGACGGCCGACAUCCUUGCGGGCCUAGAGAAGGAAGGGAUGGUCAAGAAGCUCCCAAAAUAUGAAAACUGCUGGCUGGCACGAACCGACCCAAAAGACGUGGCUCGGGUGGAGAGCAAGACUGUGAUUGUGACCAAGAACCAGAGAGACACCAUUCCCGUCCCCGCCGAAGGAGUCAAGAGCCAACUGGGCAGCUGGAUGAGCGAAUCCGACUGGCAGAGGGCGAGACAAGAGCGAUUCCCGGGAUGCAUGGCAGGUCGUACCAUGUAUGUUAUUCCUUUCAGUAUGGGUCCAGUGGGUUCCAAUCUUGCAAAAUAUGGUGUCCAGGUAACUGACUCUCCAUAUGUCGUGGCCAGUAUGGGCAUCAUGACCCGUAUGGGUACACCGGUUCUGAAUAAACUGGCUGAGGGAGUGGAGUUUGUCCGUUGUCAGCACUCUUUAGGGCGGCCUUUCCCAUUGAAAGCCCCGCUGGUCAACUCGUGGCCCUGCAACCCAGACAAGGUGCUGAUCUCUCACCUGCCGGACACUAGGCAGAUCUUGUCAUACGGCAGCGGUUAUGGAGGAAACUCCCUCUUGGGGAAGAAGUGUUUCGCUCUCCGUAUUGCCUCACGCAUUGCCAAGGAUGAGGGAUGGCUGGCAGAGCAUAUGUUGAUCCUGGGAAUCACUAACCCUCAGGGAGUGAAGCGUUACGUGGCGGCCGCGUUCCCGAGCGCCUGCGGUAAAACCAACUUGGCAAUGAUGAAACCAGCUCUGCCCGGUUGGAAAGUGGAGUGCGUGGGAGACGACAUUGCCUGGAUGAAGUUCGACGCUCAAGGGAAGCUGAGAGCCAUUAACCCCGAGAACGGCUUUUUCGGCGUUGCCCCGGGAACUUCUGAUAAGACCAACCCUUACGCAAUGAGCACCAUAGCUAAAAACACAGUGUUUACCAACGUUGGCGAGACCAGUGACGGAGGAGUAUGGUGGGAGGGUCUCGACCCCCCUGCGGAUGGCGUCACACUGACUGACUGGCAUGGAAAAACCUGGAAGCAUGGAAGCGGCACACCUUGCGCCCACCCAAACUCGCGCUUCUGUGCGCCGGCAGCUCAGUGCCCCAUCAUCGACCCUCAGUGGGAGAGCGAAGAGGGCGUUCCGAUUGACGCCAUCAUUUUCGGCGGUCGCAGGCCGCAAGGAGUUCCUCUGGUCUACGAGUCUUUUAACUGGCAACACGGUGUCUUCGUUGGAGCUGCGAUGAGGUCAGAGGCCACAGCAGCUGCUGAGCAUAAAGGAAAGGUGAUCAUGCACGACCCCUUCGCCAUGCGGCCGUUCUUCGGCUACAACUUCGGCGACUACCUCGCUCACUGGCUGAGCAUGGAGACGCGAAAGGGCCCGACUCACCUGCCGAAGAUCUUCCACGUCAACUGGUUUCGGAAGGACCCCGCCAGCGGCGCCUUCCUUUGGCCGGGCUUCGGCGAAAACGCCCGCGUGCUGGAGUGGAUCUUUAAACGCUGCGGCCGGGAGGGCGACGAGGAGGCCGCCAAGAAGAGUGUCAUCGGGUGGCUGCCGGAGGACGGCGCCAUUGACACGCGGGGGCUAGGCGGCGACGUGGACAUGGGCGCCCUGUUUGACGUCCCCAAGCAGUUCUGGCAGAACGAGACCAAGGAGCUGAGAGCGUACUUCAGCCAACAAGUGGGAGGUGACCUGCCCGCUCAGGUGGAGGCUGAGUUGAAGGCUCUGGAGGACCGGGUUCAUGGCUAA